UGCUGUUUCAAUUGUUUCUUUCUGUUGGUUUCAAACUCCAACUCAGUAGUGUGACAGGAUGAAGACGAAUGACAUCAUGCUGUCUGCUCACUUUGGUUCACACUGUUUGUUUAUAUAAACUACGGCCUGAUUUAAAAUAGUCUAUACACUACUUCAUGCUGAGUGGAUACCUAGCAUCCAGGCUAGUGGAAAGUCUUUUUCAUUUAAUGCAGAAAGCUAAGAUUUUUAACUUUUAAUGUACUGGUUUUCAAAGGAAGAUCUUUUCAUAUAGAAUAUAUAUUCUAGACAUCUUUGCCUUACAGAGUUAGAGACUGAAAAAAAUUCUAGACGGUUGUACAGAUGAACCCCAGGGAAGAACGAGAUUAUACAAUGUUCUCACUAGAAACGAAUCUUGCUCAACACAGUUGGUUCAAAACAUAGAUAAUUAGUUGUCUUCAUGCAGCCUGGUGAAUCUGGAGAUGCAUUGCCACAUCAAAUUUGAUAGUGAAAUUGUGACUUCUUAAAACAUGUUUUUUUUUAUGACGACCGGAUAUUCAAAGAUAAACCUGUAACGAAUUGUGACUCAUUUGCUCAACACGUAUUACAUUUUCUUUCAACGAACUGCCAUUCCUUUUUUUAUAUUAAUUUUUUUUUCACUUCUUGUUCUUCAUUUUUGAACAAAACUGAAAAAAAAAAAGAAACUUGAUCCGGAGAAAGUUGUAGAAAUAAAAAAAAAGAACAACACUGACAUCGAAUUAUCUAACAACCUUGUAAAGACUACAUACAGAAAUCGUCAAAAUGAGCUUGGACAUUCCUUCUUGGAACAUAGUGGAGUUUGUGGUCAUUUGUUUUUACUCCUGCUACUUAUCAUUCAUUUAUGCACCUGAAGGAGGACUGACGGUGGUGGCAGUCUAUGUCCCAUUGGUAUUACUAGGCGUCCCUGCUGUCUUUGUGCAGCUCAAGCUAGGAGGCUACCUGCAGAGAGGGCUAGUGGGAGUUUUUUCCCUUUUUUUCCCAUUCUGGAAAGGUGUUGGUAUAGCUGCCUUGUUUGAUCUGCUGCUCCAGUUGUCUACCUUGGCUCCUCUUGUGGCCCAGUUGGGGACCUAUGCUUUCAUAGCCAUCUCAAAAGAGGACUACAUCUGGGGGAACUGUGAAAAUAUGAACUAUCAAGAGACUUGUGACCCUCAAGGUGUUUCUAUGUCACGACCAGCCAACAUAUUUUACAAGCAAGCUUUCCUCCAGGUUUCCUCUGAUAUUCAAAACAUCAAUGGCUUCCCACAGUGGCAGUUUACUGACCUAGCCAGGAAGGCUGGAAUAUCACUGAUGCCUGUGACACUGGCCAUCGUUUGGGUCCUGGUUACCCUGUUUGUUGGGUUUGGUGCUCGUGUUUGUGGUUGGAUCCUGUUUCUUUUGGCUCCAGCCGCUUUAUCUUGUUUGUUAACUGUUCUGGGCUAUGGCUACCACCAUCUGAACAAUACUCACACUGUGGACUAUCUGAAGACGUUAUACAUGUUCCAUGAAAGUGAAGGUGAUGUCUUAGAGAAAUGGUUAAAAGGGUUCAAACUCCUCAUCUACACUUUCCCUAUGUGGACUCCCAUUUGCUGCACCAUGGGGAAGUUUUGUGGCAAGAGUCAGAGAAUAAGGAACAUGACAUGGAUUGCAUUAGUGGCUAUCUUUGUGCUUGUUAGUCAGUUGCCCAAUUUGGCCAUGGCACCAUACCUGGGCAAUUUACUAAACAGUGGUCAACAUUUUUCUAUUGCAUCAGACAUCAGUCGUAUCAUGAUACAGAUGCCUGAGGCUUUCACUACUUUUAAAAUCCCUCAUGCCUAUGGCUUCGUGUUCUAUCUUUCAGCUUUCUUGUUGACUCUUAUGUUUUUGUGUAUCGGCACUCUGACCAUAGUGGACAACAUUGUUGAGUCACUCAGGCACUGGAUAGACAAACACACUUGUAGCAAGAUAGCUGUCCACCUCCUAAUCACCUUUCUAGUCAUGCUUGUGGCCAUGGGGUUAGGGAUCAUACAAACCACUAAGGCUGGCCACUAUUAUUAUCUGCUGUUCACUCAGUCAUUUGAUAAAUUGAGGUUUUUAAUCAUCAUCUUGAUUGCAUUUGGUUUAAUGAUUGUUUAUGUGAAACAGAAUUUUGGAUUGAUAGAGAGAAUAGUGAUGGGUUUUUGGUUCACUAUAUCAGCUUUGAUUAGUUCAGGUCUCUGGUUGUACCAUCUUUAUAUCCAACUGGAUUUCCACUCGACCAACAUCCAGUUGGAUGAUAUCACUAAAUCAAAGGAGGAACUCAAUUAUUUACCCCAGGAGUGGACGUGGGUCAGCUGGGCUAUUGCUGGUUUUCCAUUUAUUGGGAUUCUGCUUGGAGCCAUUCAUGCAUGUUUCUCUGCAUGUAAAGAUUCAUCUCAGAAAUGUCGCAAACUUUGCUGUGGCAUGACUGAAAGAAUAAGAGAACAGAAUGGAGAUGACUUCUCCCCGCCUCCCCUUCACCCUUCGGAGCCGAGUGCCCCUCCGUACAUGUACAGCUAUAUUGAUCGCUCUAUGAAUGGCACCCACCGUCAUGAAGACUAUGACUUGGACCACUAUAAACUAGACUAUGACCCGCCUGAGACAGAACCUUUGACCCGAAAUAAUCGAUCGACAAGGAUAUAGCUUGUCGCAUAUGUUUCUCUCAUAUAUCUCAUUGUUUUGUCAUCUCUUCAGUCGAAAUAUUUUCAUAUAAAUUCUCAUCACACCAACUCUAGUCAUUGCAACACGCUGAGUCCAAUUAUUCAUCACUUAUAAUAAAAUAUUCACCCUAUUGUAUGACCAAUCUUAAUCUAUGAAGAGAUAGACAUAGAGAGAAAACAUAUAUAUUUAUAAAAUAUUUAUAUAUGUAGUUUAUUAAUGACAAGACAAUAUUGUAGAUAAUUUCUAUUAGAAAAUCGUUGGUGCAAUGAUUAUACUAACCCUUAUUGUAAAUAAUGUUUUUUUGGUUACAUUUUUGGUGUCAUUUGUAGAACACACUUGUUUAUUUUUUUUUUGCAUGUACCUUCCCUCGAUUCUAUGAGCUGAUCCACAAGUUGACCAUGUCAUUAAUGAAGUAUUGUCACAUUUAAAUUUUGACUGUUUGAUUUUGUGACACCUUAUCUUCAAGGACAUGGUUUCAAUCAAACUAGUAGAAGUGCUUAUGAAAACUUGAUGGUUGGAUAUUGUGUCUGAAGCUCAUAAUAUGUUUAUUUUAACCAUUCUUAUUUUGUAAGAGACUAUACUCUUCUGUGUUAAUAAUGUAGGGAUUUGAACUGAGGACAGUGGGUACACUUUUGUAUACUAUUUAUUGUCAUGUGAUAAAACAGGAAUUCCACAAACCAUCAGCUGGUUAUUUAUUGCAGCGAGUCAUAACUGCAUCAGUUGUUGAAGACGUUUAUCUCAGCCGUUGUCAUGACUAUUUCUAAUUCCAAGUUGAUUCUGUCCUAAACCUUAAGACUGAAGUUCAUUCUAGCCAGAUCUCUAGAUCAGAACAUAUUUUGAAGAGACCAUGCUAGUAGUAGAGGUCUUAAAACACUGUCCUGGACCUGAAUACCACAUGACAUUAGUAAGGCAGCAGUUCUCAAAGUAAUCAAUCAGUCAGGAUUAUCUUCCUGGUGGUCCAUGAGCAAAACAUUUACAUAGUGGGUCAUUGCUCAAAUUUCUAAUGGGGAUCUUGCUUCUGUGGGGCACAGGAUCUGGCAGUGGUGUUUUAAUUCUUAAAGAUUGAUUGUAGUUUUUUUUUUUUAAUAUAGCAGAGCUCAUAAAUUAAUGUUUACACUAUUAGACUUAGCAUUAGAUGCUUUGGAUAAAUGACGAACUCUUCUGCAUUAGAUACUUUGGAUCAAUGACUAACUCUUCUGCGUUAGAUACUUUGGAUCAAUGACUAACUCUUCUAUUUGAUCUUUAGACUUCCUAAACCUGUAGUAAAGUGUAGAAGUUCAAUGAUGUACUGGCUGUGGGAGAAAUAGAACCAUAUGUGGUUGUAGUAGAUUGGCAAACAUUUAGUCAUUGUGGGAAAAUUUAGACAAAUAGACAUAAUGCAAAGUGCCGACUGGCUGAAUGUUCUACAGCAAAACUGAGAUAACAUUGCCACUACACAGUCAAGUCCUUCUUCAAGUAUUCUCAUGAAAUGCAGACUUUGAUCUCACUUUUGUUAUUGAGUUUUUUUUUCUUGCUGUCUGUAGUUUGUCUUGGGGGCCAUCAUGUGGUAAUAGCAGCAGCUGUCUGUGUGUCCUGUGCACAUGACACUGCCAGUAAAAUGGAGCUUAACUUCUGCGUCAUAAGUUCAGGGGAGGGGGAGACAGAACUUGAUUUUGAAAUAAACAACAGCUGUGAUUUUUUUUUAAAGACAUUUUUUUGUUUCAUUUUGUUUAAUGUUUGGUAAGAAACAGCCACACUUUUGAGCUCAAAUUUGUUCUAAAUGAUCCAUUUAUUUAUAGCGCCACUUUGAUGGAAACAUUUAUUUAUUGCAUGUGUUUAUUCUGAAUGUCUGUUCAAUUCUGUUGAAUUCUGUGCUUGUGUGUUCUAAUCUGGGGGCAUGAUGGUCGAGUAGUUCAGUGCUUGGCCUCUAAAAACAGGAUCAUGAGUUCAAAAAUCUCAUAUGAGGGCUGGGAAUGUUUUAAUUCAAGACUUUGGAGAGUCCAUGAGACAGACUAGCUGUAUAGGGUACCCGCCUUUAUUUGAGGAUAGUAAAGGCAUGAUCUGUCUACAUGAUCACACACACCCCAAUGAAGCAUUGCUACAGAAUCAGAUGAGCUUUAAAUCUCUCUGUACCGGUACCAAAGACUUCUAAGUCAUAAACGGAAGCUUGAUUUUAUAUUCUCACUCUAUUAAAAUAUGUAACUUUGAAUGUGAUAUUUCAGCAUUAUAUAUCUGUAACUAACGACUCUGUUUCACAAACGAUUGUAACACUUUCAGAACAAAAGCACCAUUAAGUCAAAACUUGCAAAGUAGUGAAUAAACUGAAUGUAAACAGUCCUAGUAGGUCAUUGGUCUUGGUCAGUGGUGGAGGUAUUCUUUGGGUAGUGUGGACUACAACCUUUGGCAUUGCUCUACAACUUGUAUUCAUAGCUACACAAUAAAUAUUUAUUCUCGCCUGCAGUAUUUUAAUGACCUAAGUCUUCCUUGGGGUAUGUCAGGCUCUGAGCUUCCUUGGGGUAUGUCAGGCUCUGAGCUUCCUUGGGUUGAUAAAUACAGGACCCCGUAUGAGAAGAAAAGUUUGCUGUUUUUCCAAAGCCAAGACUAGAAUCAAAAUGCUCAGCAGAAAAAAUUGUGGCUAGAAGAAAAAGGAAUAUCUCCAUUUAUAAUCAAGAGUUUAUUGACCACUUUAUAUAUAUAAGUUGUUUAAGCUGCAUAGUUCAGUGUGUUGAAUGGAUUGUUUCUAUAGCCAGCUCAUAGUGUGGCUUUCAUUUAACUAGGUUUGAUGUCUGCUCCAAAGUGAUUUUUUUUUCUUCAACUGCUAUGUGUAUACAUGAUUUUAUAGAUAUUUUAUCUUGACUGUCAUUCCAUUAAAUUUUUUUUUGUUAUUGCUGCCUCAUUUUAUGUUUACACAAAUUUGUGUACAAGUUUUACAUUUUGUAUUUCUUCAUCAAUAUCCUUGGGCUAAAUUGUGUUUUGUUUAGUUGUUACUUUGCAUAUGUAAAGGCAAACUAGCUUCUUCAAAGAAAUAUAAUGUAUUCAUGUCUUGAUUGUAACAUGGGUGGGGGUGAGAGAAUCACUAGAGUUGAAAAGAAAUUGAACAGUCUCCAGACAAGACACUCUGAGCCCCCUUUUAAUAGAAAAGUUUUAGUGUGCGCAAUCUGGGGUAGGUGAGAAUAAAAUUGAUAUAUGCCCGUUUUUUUUGUUCUAUCAUUACUUCUGGAGACCAUGGCGCCUUAAAGUCUGCAAUAAUUAUUUGUCGGCCAUUCUCCAUCCCCAUGUUAAAUUUGGUAGCUAAAUUGUAAUUUAUAGCGGAGUGAAUUAUUGGACAUUAGGACUAUUUGAUAUUAACUCUAGAUGUUGAAAUAGCUCUCUCUGUUAUGGUCCAUUGUUAAAGACUAAACAGUUUCAUGUGUAAUUCUUCAACUAACAUUCCUCUUUGCCAUUCUUUGUCUCAUAUUUGUCAACCAUUUUGUUUUAGCUUUUGAGACUUUUAGUAUUUUACUCUUUCCUUAUGUCUACACCUUUGAUGGCUGCAGUGUACUGCCGUUUUGAUGGCUGCAGUGUACUGCCGUUUUGAUGGCUGCAGUGUACUCUACUCUUUACCUUCCUUAAAUUUAUUUUCUGUUGCCUCAUUUUAGCUUGUGAGAUUUUAAACAAAAAAGUUUUUUAAGGAAAUUUUUUGUAUGCAUUGUUUUAAACUUUCUGUUUCAUGAUUAAAAAUUGUAAUAAUGUCAUGUCAAUCCCUCUGGUAGAGAAACCAAAUUAUUAUAAUUAAACCAGAAGAGAGACAUUUACAAAUAGAUAUAUUUGUGAGCCUCUGAAAUGUUUUUUAAUGCUAUUUUAUUCUGUAUGUUCUUUCAACUUGUGUUCCUUCUGUUUAGAAAAGUUUUGUGUGUUUUUCUAUGUGACUGAUGAUAUACUCUUUUAGUUCAUAUCUAACCAUUUUCUUUUUUGUUUAAUCUUCCACGAUGGACACAUUUUAAAGUAACACCAUUAGGUCACAAUGUACUUUGUACAAAGCAUUUUGAAGUAUUUCAUUCAGCAUUGGAUCCAGUCCUAGAACACAUUCUCAUGUUUGCACCCAAGGGGAAUAAUUCUUUUCUUGUCAUUGAUUGAUGUAAUCAUGUCUGUUUGUGUAUUAUGGGUAUAGGUUAAGUCUUCAGUUUCUGUCUAUCUAUAGACAUAUUGAUAUUUGACUAUUUUGAAAUAAAUGGCACUCUUUCCAAAGACAUUUGUACAUAUAUUCUCACAGAAAUAAACCCUGGGAAAACAUAUUUUUCAAGACAUCUUUGACUUACCAGUACUUCCCUUAUUACUGUAUUAAAUACUGAAAUAUUCAAUGCUGAAAUAAAACAUUUGUACCAUUAAAAUGUUGAACUCCCAAAUGGAAGUUUAUUUAGUAGAUUUAAUGAAUUUUUUAGGGAGAGCUCCCUCCUGGAUGUCCACAUCUGGAAUAGUUUAUUGUUUUGAGACUGAAAAGGUUAUUUCGUCUAGGGAACUUCGUUUUGCUUAAAAUAUUUUCUCACUUUGAAAGAAUAGCAAAACUUUUCAAUUUUUUAAUUCAAUUUUUCUCAUUUUAUAUACCCUGUACUCUUUGUUAACUUCCUUUGGUAUUUGUGGAGUCAUCGGCUGGUCUGUUUGCUAAUGAAUCAAUCUCAUAAUUCAAUCUAUAGGUCAGUGUUUUUUCCUAAAGAUUUGUAGAAAGUUAGAUCAAACACACCUAAACAUGGCAGCCAGCUAAGACUUGUGGAAAUUGACACAAAUCAAUUUUUUGUGUAUUUUGUAUGUGAAUUGAAGAUUGAUUUUACUUAGAAAUGUCUUUUUAAAAUACUAUAUAUUCUUAUCAUUCAUGAAGUCUUGCCUCUAACCAGACAAAUGACUAACAAGAAGUAACAGUACUAAAAUGGAGUCAGAAGUGUGCAGGUCUCAGCCCACAUGUUUGUUUGGUCAUGUUUUCAUUCAUGUCUAAAUGAAACCUUCUCAAGUCAAUCUGUUACAUGCAGCCAUUGUAAGAUCACUUUGUAUACACGUUUCUUAAAUCAAAAUAUUUCAUUCAUGCUAAUACUACAAUCAAGUUUGGUUAUUACUUUUGUUAUUAGAAAACGUUCUGAAGUAUUGAGUAGCCAGCACAAUGACUAGCUCUAUUUCAUUUAUCUUUUAACUUAUGUUUGUUAUAGAGUUGAGACAUCCAUUGGUUUUACUUAGUACAGUUUGUGGAACUUAAUUCAUUUUGCACAAGCUAAAUUUGAGAAAUAUAAUGUGUAGUUUUAAAUACUUAGGGUUAGGAUUUUUAAUUUCUUAAAAGUUCAUAAUAUUAUACAGGUCAGUGAUAUAAAAUAUUCCCUUUUUUAAAAACAAUAAUAGAAGCAUAGUGAAAAUGCAAUGGCGCCUGGUGAUUUUAUAUGCCCAACCUGUGAUCGCAGCUGUGUAUCAAGGAUUGGCCUCUUUAGUCACACAAGAAGUUGCAAAGGGAAAAGAUCGUCUCACGAGACGUAAAAUGCCACAGAGAGAAUAGAAGCAUAUCUGUUUCCUGUAUCCUGAAGAAUCUGUUCCACAUUACUAGUGAAUCUGUAGUUUGUAAUCAUAGAGUUUGACAAAUAUAAUUCUAUCAAUUUUAUUCUAUUAGUAAAUGUUAUAUAUGAACACUGAGAAUAUUGAGUAGGACUAAGUCUAGUUACUGGUAGUUACAACUAUACAAAUGUGAAUUUUUGUUUUCAUUUAGAUAAGAAAACCACUACCUUGAAGUGUAAAAAAAAAUAUUAAUUUAGCUAAUAAAUCUAAAUGAGAAGACAAGAAACAUCAAUAGAUCAUAUUCUGUUCUCCCUGAAAAAAUACAUAUGUAGUUGACCUAAUCUGGGUUUAUUUCUUAAAGAAAAAUGGUGUUGACAUCAAGUUUUUUUUUUUUUAAUCUGUUCAGCUGUUCAUAAAAAAAAACAAAACAACUAGAUCUAUGUUCAAUAAGAACUGGGGAGAGACUAAGUCUAGUGAAAAGAAUUUGCUGCUCAAAAUAUGAAUUGUUUAUUUGCAGCAAUGGUCAUGUUCCCCCUUUUUUUCUGUUGUAACCUCUGACCCCCCCCCAAUGUGUAACAAGUUUGUACACCACACAUUUGUGUCAUUGUGAAACAAUUUUUUUACAGAAAUAAAUUGUAAACUUGAAUGUUGA